CAUAAUAAUACACCAGCUGAUCGUCACGAGAUCGGCAGCUAGCUAACCAUGGGAAGCUUCAAGCUCUCCAUGCUUGUCUCCCUUCUCCCCUUCCUCCUCUUAGCCGCCGCCGCCGGCGAGGAGCUCAGCACGUACAUCGUCCACGUGCAGCACCAGGACGGGAGCCGCGUGUUCAGCACGGCCGGCGACCGCAAGGCGUGGUACAAGUCCUUCCUCCCGGAGCACGGCCAUGGCCGUCUUCUCCACGAAUACCACCAUGUUGCUAGUGGCUUUGCGGCCCGGCUGACGCGCCGUGAGCUCGACGCGAUCUCCGCCAUGCCCGGCUUCGUCGCCGCGUUCCCCGAUGUGAUCUACAAGGUGCAGACGACCCACACGCCGCGGUUCCUCGGGAUGGACACGCUGUUUGGCGGGAGGAACGUCACCGUGGGCUCUGGCGACGGUGUCAUCAUCGGGGUGCUCGACACUGGCGUCUUCCCCAACCACCCUUCCUUCAGCGGCGCCGGCAUGCCUCCCCCGCCUGCAAGGUGGAAGGGCCGGUGCGACUUCAACGGCUCCGCAUGCAACAACAAGCUCAUCGGUGCCCAGACCUUCAUCAACGGCAGUUCGUCCCCAGGUACAGCGCCGACCGAUGAGGAAGGCCACGGGACGCACACGUCGAGCACGGCCGCGGGAGCGGUGGUGCCGGGCGCUCAAGUGCUCGACCUGGGCAGCGGUAGCGCGUCAGGGAUGGCGCCCAACGCACACGUGGCCAUGUACAAGGUCUGCGGCGAGGAGGACUGCUCUAGCGCGGACAUCCUCGCCGGCAUCGACGCCGCCGUGUCCGACGGCUGCGACGUCAUUUCCAUGUCGCUCGGCGGGCCGUCGCUGCCGUUCUUCCGUGACAGCAUCGCCAUCGGCACGUUCGCCGCCGCGGAGAAGGGGAUCUUCGUCAGCAUGGCAGCCGGCAACUCCGGCCCGGCCCAUGGCACGCUGUCCAACGAGGCGCCAUGGAUGCUCACCGUGGCCGCCAGCACCAUGGACCGUUUGUUCCUCGCCCAGGCGAUCCUCGGAAAUGGCGCCUCCUUCGACGGCGAGACGGUCUUCCAGCCCAACAGCACGACGGCCGUCCCGCUGGUGUACGCCGGCUCGAGCUCGACGCCCGGCGCACAGUUCUGUGCCAACGGCUCGCUGAACGGCUUCGACGUCAAGGGAAAGAUCGUGCUCUGCGACCGCGGCGAUGGCGUCGCGAGGAUCGACAAGGGCGCCGAGGUACUGAGAGCUGGCGGCGCCGGCAUGAUCCUGGCCAACCAAGUCCUCGACGGCUACAGCACACUCGCCGACCCGCACGUGCUCCCAGCAUCCCACGUCAGCUACGCUGCCGGGGUGUUGAUCAAGAACUACAUCAACUCCACAGCGAACCCAACGGCACAACUCGCCUUCAAGGGCACGGUGGUCGGCACGUCGCCAGCGCCAGCCAUCACGUCAUUCUCCUCUCGCGGGCCCAGCUUCCAGAAUCCGGGAAUCCUGAAGCCCGACAUCACGGGCCCCGGCGUGAGCGUGCUUGCCGCGUGGCCAUUCCAAGUCGGGCCGCCGCGGUUUGACUUCAGGCCCACAUUUAACAUCAUCUCUGGGACGUCCAUGUCCACGCCGCACCUCGCCGGCAUCGCCGCGUUGAUCAAGAGCAAGCACCCGUACUGGUCGCCGGCGAUGAUCAAGUCUGCAAUCAUGACGACCGCCGAGGUCAACGACCGCUCUGGCGACCCGAUACCCGACGAGCAGCACAGGCCCGCCGACCUCUUCGCCGUCGGGGCCGGCCAUGUCAACCCAGUGAAGGCGGUAGACCCUGGCCUCGUCUACGACAUUCAACCCGAGGACUACAUCAGCUACCUCUGCGGCAUGUACACGGACCAGGAGGUCUCGGUGAUCGCGCGCAGCGCGGUGAACUGCUCGGCCGUCCCGAACAUCUCGCAGAGCCAGCUGAACUACCCUUCGAUCGCGGUCACCUUCCCGGCGAACCAUAGCGCGCUGGCUCCGGUGAUAGUGAAGCGCAGGUUGACGAGCGUCACGGACGGGCCGGUGAUCUUCAACGCCGUGGUCGACGUGCCGGCGGACAAGUCGGUGAACGUCACCGUUUCGCCGAGCGCGCUUUUGUUCAGCGAGGCGAACCCGUUCCAUAACUUCACUGUGCUCGUGUGGUCGUGGUCGACGGAGGCUAGCCCCGCACCGGUGGAGGCCUCCAUCAGUUGGGUGUCGGACAAGCACACCGUCAGGAGCCCCAUCUCGAUCAGCUUCGCCUCGCUCUAGAUCAGCUCUGAGAGCUGCGACUAGCGUUUUCCUACAACGUCAGCAUUUCCCUUACUUCCACACGUGAGUGAGUCGGUUGGAAUAAGAAUGUGAUGGUGCAUGUUUGAGUCGAUUAAUUUGUAAGCAAAACCAUGGCAUUAGCCAAUGUUUGAGAGGUUGUUCUGACUUUCCUA